AUGUUCACUCCGGGGGCGAUAAGAUCGGGCUUCAGGAUCCCCGGGGUGAUGGCGUUGGGCCCCCGCGAGGAGAACGCCGCCACCACCGGGGACGGCUGCACCCCCACCUUGGUGCCGGCGAACACGAUCGUCGCCGUCGGGGCCGGGUCGGACAAGGCGUACGACCUGAUGGCGUUCCCCAUCUUCUCUCCCACCGCCGCCGCCGGUAGGAUGUGGGCGUCCGCCACCAGCUCCUCUCCGUUUAUGGCGGUGUUCGACAAGACCAUCCCCAGACCUCCCGCGGCUUUCACGACGAAACCCUUCUGCACCCUGGGGCUCACGCCGCGGUCGCACAGCACGAUCUUCCCGGCGACCUUCUCCGGGAUCAGGGUGCCAGAGAGGCAGAGAUUCCCGUUGGUGGCGUUGGUGGCGUUCCCGGCGUAG